GGUAUCAUAACGAUGAUUUAUGGAUAUUGACAUAAUGACAUUGUCUUUAAUAUGCAUACAACUAAUCAACAGAUUUAACGCCACGUGAAUGAUGAAAACACCGAUUUCAAACUCAGACAAUUAUCAGAUUUGGAGGAUAAAAGCAACUCUGAAGUUGUCAUUUACAAAAACACGAGAAGCGUAAUUAUAAACAAGUCAACAUUUUUUUUUAUCUAAAUUAAGUGUAAUUAACAUUAAUAAUUCUUUUAGAUGUAAAGAAGUCAUUCAGAAGAUGAAAAGAAUAGAACAUUUUUGUCGCAUUGAUUAUUUGUAUAACUGUCCGUAAUAUGUAGGUGUUUUCCUUAUUUUAUAAACAUUUUAACUAUUUAAAGCAAACCUACAUGUAACAAUUGGUAAAGAAAAUGUUGCAAACAACAUCCUGUUUUCUCGUUGCUUUGUUGUUUGCGGUCAAUGGUCAGCAACAGAGACAAGUUUUGUAUUCUAGACUGAUGGACGAGGUGACUGACUACUCCUUAGCUGUGGUCUACGGGAAAGGGGUGCGUUUUUCCAAGUGUGCAGAAAUUUGCUGUGAGGACGACUUUUGCGCUGAGUUUCUUUACAGUGAAACAAAUGGACAAUGUACUGGACUUCAUUAUGCUAAGAAGGGAAGCUACUCGUAUCAGGAUAUCGUCCCGGCAACUCCCAAAAUGCUUCGUUUUAAAAGAGAAUUCAAUUGGAUAGAAUAUGCCGGUCAACUAUAUUUCUAUGGUGGAAAAGACGCAAAAGUCGGGUGGAAGGACGCAAAGCUGGUAUGCCAGAAAAUGGGUGCACACUUGGUGGAAAUUGAAAAUACAGAUGAAUCUUUUUGGCUAGCGGCUGAAUUCCUGAUGACAGACAACUUGAAUUGUGAGAAUGACUAUCGUUGCUCUGCUUGGACGGGAUUGAACGACAUUGACACAGAGGGUAAAUACGUAUGGGACUAUUCAAACGCGAGCGCUCUCUUCACGAACUGGUAUCCACGUGAACCCAGCCUCCAUAAAGAUACCACCGAUGCUUUGACACGUGAUUGUAUCGACAUGCUCCAAACCGGGGAAUGGAACGAUAGACCGUGUUCUUAUCUCACUUCAUUCAUCUGUGAAAAAAACAUGUUAGACCCAUAAUGCAUUCAAUUCAUGCUCACUUUUUCUUUAGAUUUUAUUUCACUGUCGACAUGCCUUGAACUUUUAUGCAAGUUUUUCAGAAGGUGAUUGCUUAUCAUUUGUUGUACAAUGUUGUUUGGCUCUGUAUGCAUGCCAUAGAGCCUCCUACAUGUAUGUGGCGAUACCAGUGACCAAUAUUUCCAUACUUCCAAUCAAUUAAAACUUGGCUGGUUCGACAUGCUCAGAACAAGGAACUUCAUGCGAAUGGUUGACGUAAAAUAAAAAAAGUAACAAAACAAUUCAGUUUAAAAGUGUAUUGUUUUUUAUAUGAAACAUUAAAUGCUGUUUGAAAUAUUUUCCAUGAAUUGAUUAAAUAUGCUUGACAACAA